AGGAAAAAAAAACAUAAUUAAACCAAUAUGGUGUAUUGUAUGUUAGUACCUUGAGCGAUGGGGAAAUUCGUUGUUUUCUCUUAAUAUGAAAGAAAAAAAAAUUAUAUUCAGCAAUUAUAAUCGUAUGUAAUGAAAGUGAUGGAAAUUCCCUUUCUUAUAAAGUUACAUUUAGAAUCACGUACGAGAAUUCGACGGCAUAUAAUAAUCAUACUCCGCAAGAAAGUUAUAUAAAUGAAUGCUUCCUGGGCUUCAGAUUAAUAAAAUAAAAAACAAAUAAUUAAAGUCUACUUUUCACAUUUGUUCUUUAAAUUGAUUAUUAUAAUAUUCUUUGCUAAAAAAACCAUGAUCAAUAAUCUAUACGUGGUCCAUCAUUCCUUUCUUUCUCCAAAGAAAUCAACAACUAAAAGAAAGAAAAGAUCUGCGAACUGUUUUCUUCUAUUUCGUCAAGAAAUGAUGAAAGAAAGGCCAUACAAGAUGAAGAUGUCAAAUUACAGUAAACGAGUAUCUGAAAUGUGGCAAAAUUUAUCUGAAGAUGAAAAAAUUGAAUGGAAGAGACGAUAUGAACUUAAUCGAGAGUCUGUGGAGUCGAACGAACCAUAAUUUAUUAUCAUUAUUUCGAAUUUUUAAUCGAGAGAUUCAGAAAACCAAUUAUAAUCACGGAUGGAUGUCUU